AUGGAAUUCAUAUUACCAAUCGUUGCCCAGUCACCUAUAGAUAUUAGUUAUAUGGUUGUUAAAUCCUAUCAGUCUCGAAGAUUGAGUGUGAAGAAGAAGAAGAAGCCAUGGUUUUGGAGCUGGGCAUUCGCUUCAAUUCUCUUCAGACUCAUCCUCAUCUACUUCUCCCAAAACCUCUACUUGUCCUCUCGUCCCGAAGUCUCCACUCCUCUCACCUCCGUCCGCCGCCUGGCUGAAGGUUACUGGUUGAAACAGUCCUCGAUGUCUCCCUAUGCAAGUUCAAUGUAUCAUGGAUCUCCUAUUUUACUCUCAGUCCUUGGUCCUCUCACUGUUAAAAGAAUUGAAGGCCAGCCAAAUCAACUUAUUUGCAGGUAAUAUAUUUUAUUAAUUUCUCUUAAUUAGUAUAGUUUUUGUUUUUUGUUUUGUUUUCUCUUGAUAAUUCUAUCUGAUUUUCAUUUUGUUGCUGGUGUUUUUUGGA